AUGUCCGAUCCCUGUCUAUUUCAUGCCACACUGUUCGGGGCAUCCGCAUCGAUUGACAUGUUGCAAGGCCAGCAGAUUACCACACGAACCCUGUACCACCAGACCUGGGCUAUCCGCUUGCUCAACGAACGUUUGGCACAAACAGAGCCAGUCCUAAACUAUGGAACAUUGGGAGCAGUGAUACCCUUGCUAUAUUACAACAUGGUCACACUUGACCGAGACUCUGCGGUCGCGCACCAGAAAGGCCUGGUGAAGAUGCUCCUUGCGACGCCCCAAUCCUUCCGAGCCGACAUAGGGCCACUGAUUGCAAUUGUCAAGGUCGCCAUGCUCUCGUUCGCCUGCAUCUAUAACAUGCUCCCUAUUUGGGACUGCUUAUCGUCUGAAUUAGUUCGCCCAAACACCAUCCUUCGAAAUGUAGUGUCGAGGGCCACGCUAAGCAACGACGAAUCAUACUUGGAGAAAGAGACUACAGAUGCAAUACUGGACGUGUAUGAAGCCAUGUCACGGCUAGAUCAUCUGGUCCAUGCCGACCGCUGUAGUAUUUCCGCUGAAGUUGAGCGUGCGCUCUCCUUUGCAACGACAAGUACUUGGACUGACAGAGCCGAGUAUAACCACCAUCUUACUCCACCAGAGCGGCUUAAUAAAUGCUGCCAGAUCUGCUGCCAAUUAUUCUGGAAAAUGCUUCGACGACAAACGUACUCCCAGCAAACCCCAAACACGACUGGAAACCAUGAAGCCAAGCAGCUUUUGAAACACCUGUCUAAAAUAGAGCCAUUAUACUGGAUCCGCAACGCUCCGGAGGUGUUCACCUGGGCUGCCUUUACCGGUGCCGCCGUGUCGGAGCACCGAGAUGCGCGUGCUACCUUCAUCAGCAAAGCGGGAACGAUAUUGACAGCCAUCGACGAUGAGAAAUUGACUCUUAUACGGCAAGGGUGGAGGUAUUUCCGCCUACUAAAAAGACUUGGUGGAGAUGAUAACCCGCUUGCUGACUCGGGAACUGAUUGGUACGGAUCGACUGGUAAAUAA